AUGUUUGAGCUGGACAACACAGCCACAUUAGUAAAGAAAGUAGGAGAGUCCUGUUCUACCUUUGAUGAAACAGGUACAUGUGGUGCUGCCAACUCUGAGUGCAAAGAUGGCCAAUGUACCUGUAAAUCAGGCUAUGUGAAGAUGUGGGGAGGGGAGCACUGUGGUGACCCCAACCAACUGCUGCCAUCAGAGGGGGUCACAGCAGGAGACACAUGUACUAUAGGAAUUUAUCAGAAUCAUAUUUUGUCAGCUACUCCUCAAUCAUGUGGGUGUUCAUCAACAGCAAAGCGGACAAUACUGUCCAUUACUUAUGAUGGUUCAUCAUCCUUUCUAGGGAAGAAAUAUCCUAACUGUGUUUCAGCAAAAAUUGGUGACAUGUGCAUGGAAGACUCUGACUGUUACAGUAACAUCUACAUGCAUUUAAGUCCAACAAGAAUGAUAUGUGAUACUACAUCCAAUAGGUGUUUAUGUCCUCCAGGGCUGAAACCAAGUUAUGAUAAAUCUGGAUGUUCAAACCAAACUAAAGCACAUGGGGAAUCAUGUUCAUCAAGCUCAUGUGAUGCCAGCAAGGGACUUGUCUGUGGAGAUACCUGUGCCACAAACCGUUCUUCAGAAGAAGCUACAACGUGUCGCUGUGGGCCCUGGCAUAUCACCUCUGGCAAAACUUGUACACUAAGAACCGUAGGAAGUGCAUGCUUUGGAGACAGCAACUGCCAAGGCAUCAGUCCUAAUGCUCAAUGUGUGGAUGGAUUGUGCCAAAAUUCUGUUGCCAUCAUAAUCUCUGGUCUGCUGUCUGCAGUGCUCCCUAUUGUGUUAGCAGUGCUGUACUAGCAGAGACACACAUAAAGCAGUGGCAGCCCAUGAG